AUGAAUGCUGAUACCUGCGUCUCAUACUGUGACAUGACAUCCAUGGACUCUUAUUACAGCGCGUCUAGUGCGCAGAGUAGAGACCAUCAGACAAACCCUUUCAGGACUUUCCAGGCCACCGAAACCAAAUACAGCCCGACUUUUAUUCCUGGUAAAGGGUCUCGAAGCCCCUUCCAGACAGAAUGCCAGUCGCUGGAUGGAGCUGAGGAGAGCAACUUUAACAAAUACCAGCUCUUCAUGCAGAGACCGACCUGCAAGACUCCACCCGAAGGCGGGAAGCUGCACCAGGACGGCGGACACAACGGGACGCUCAUCCCCUGCUAUGCUGUUAACAGGGGCUCCGUGUGGUUUCAGAAUCGCAGAGCCAAGUGGAGGAAGAGGGAGCGUUUUGGCCAGAUGCAACAAGUGCGCACGCACUUUUCCACUACUUACGAACUGCCGCUUCUUACUCGACCUGAAAACUAUGCACAGAUCCAGAACCCCUCGUGGAUCGGGAGCAGCAGUGCAACUUCCCCGGUACCAGGCUGUGUCAUGCCUUGCGAUUCCGUCCCCUCCUGCAUGCCACCUCACCCUCACGCUCCUGGAGGUGUCUCUGACUUCCUGAGUGUCCCCAGUCCAGGGAGCAGCCACAUGGGACAGACUCACAUGGGCAGUCUGUUUGGGGGUGCCGGGAUCAGUGGUGGAAUCAACGGUUAUGACCUCAAUGUUGAUCCAGAUCGCAAGUCCUCCAGCAUAGCUGCACUGCGGAUGAAGGCCAAGGAACACAGUGCAGCCAUCUCUUGGGCUACAUGAUGUCCCAGUGCAGACCCACCCUGGUCCCUUCGAUGGCCUCAUCUCCAGAGCAGCCAUCAGCCAGCACUGAGUAGGAGGAGAGAGUUUUUCCUGAGAGCACUAAUGAUAACGCAGGUCAAAUGAG